UCGUCUCGCUCUUCCUCUGCCUCAGCGACCCGGCGAAACCCAAACCCUAAUCCCUCUUCUCGUCUCCUCCUCCCUCUCCUAUACCCCGCAUCCAUGGGGAAAUCGAGGAAGGCGAAGGCUCGCGCCCAAAAUUGGAAGAACGAGAAGAGCAACGAAGUGUUCCUCAAGCCCCAGAAGCAGCCGCAGAAGCAGAAGCAGAAGCAGAAGCAGAAGCAGAAGCUGCGGAAGCAGCAGAAGCAGAACCCCAUCCAGGACGAGGACCCCUUCCUGUUCGGAGGCGGCCCCAGUUCCUCCCCCUCCGACGACGGCGACGGCGCCGCCAACCCCGGCCGCAUCCACGCGCUCCUGGAACCCUACACCAAGGACCAGCUUAUCAGCUUCCUCGUCGACGCCGUCGCCGAGGACCCCGGCUUCCUAUACCGCGUCCGCGUCGCCGCGGAGACCGACGUCGCCCACCGCAAGGUCUUCGUCCACGGCCUCGGCUGGGACGCCACGCGCGACACCCUCUUAGAGGCCUUCGAGCCCUUCGGCCCCGUCGAGGACUGCAACGUCGUCAUCGACAAGGCCACAGGGCGCUCCAAGGGCUACGGCUUCGUCCUCUUCCGCACGCGCUCCGCCGCGGUCCGAGCCCUAAAGGAGCCCCAGAAGAAGAUAAAGAACCGCCUCACCUCGUGCCAGCUUGCGUCCCUCGGCGGCCCUCCCGGCGGCGGCGGCGGCGCCGCCGCAUCGGGCGGCGCGCAUGGCGAUACGGCUGGCCGGAAGCUCUAUGUAAGUAAUGUCCCCGCGGACGCGCAGGCGGAUAAGCUCCGGGCGAUGUUUGCGCAGUUCGGUGAGCUCGAGUCUGGGCCGUUCGGGUUCGACAUGGCCACCGGGAAAUCGAGGGGCUUCGCGCUCUUCGUGUACAAGACCCAGGAGGGGGCGAAGAAGGCGCUGGCGGAGCCCCACAAGAUGUUCCAGGGCCGCCAGUUGCAUUGCCAAAUGGCAACCGAUUCAUCCCAGAAAGGAAAAGCCGCCUCCGCUGCCGCUGCCGCUGCCGCUCCCGCUUCUGCUGUUGCGCCAGCUGCUGCUCCCACGGUUCUCGGGCAUCCCUCGCAGACCGCACUUGCAGCAGCGGCGGCAGCACAGAAUCUCGCUCUGUAUAGCCAGAACCCGGCCUACGCAGCCUUACUAGGGCAGAACCCGUUCCUUGCAGCAGCUGUUUAUAAUCCAGCAGCAUUGGUGGGGCUUAAUCCCGCCGCAGUGGCGGCGGUGAACCCGGCUGCUGGAUUAGCUGCUGGUGCGCAGGGCCACGCAAUUGGUGGAGUAGGGGGCGCGGUGGCUGGCGGGGGAGCGCCUUCAGUGCUUGGGUCUUAUGGGUCGCAGGGAGCUGCAGCUUCCUUUCCCUAUCAAGGGUCUCGGCUAGGGCAGUCAUCAUCUGCCAGGCCUAGCAGGUCUUUUGGGCCUUCAUACAUUUGAGAUAUUGAAGCAGAGUCUAAGAAAGAAGUUGGAUGCACUCAAGGGUGUUUCUUCGUGGCUCCAUUACACAUGGAUGGACCUAUAUUUUGGUGCGCCCAUCAACUUUUACACUACUUUUUUGUUUUUGUUUUUGUUUUUCUUUUUGCUUUUUU